AUGAAAAUGGAGGAUUAUCUACGACUUCUGUACCUUAACGUGACUGGACAUCUAGGCCCUAAUUGGGAAGGGGAGGACCCAUGUGCAGAAUCUGUUGGCAAUGUAACCUUUUUAGUUGUGGCUUACAGCGCCCUUAUAGCUGUGGGACUCAUUGGAAAUUCUUGCCUGGUCUUUGUCAUUGCACGUCAGCGGGAGAUGAGGAAUGUCACAAACAUUUUUAUUGCUAAUCUUUCCUGCUCUGAUAUACUCAUGGCUUUGGUGUGUCUACCCGUCACUGUAAUCUACACUCUUAUGAACCGCUGGAUUCUGGGCGAGGCACUCUGCAAAGUUACACCAUUUGUGCAGUGUAUAUCUGUCACAGUCUCUGUGCUAUCACUAGUCCUCAUUGCUUUGGAAAGGCAUCAGCUCAUUAUUCACCCAACUGGUUGGAAGCCCCUGCCUUGGCAUGCUUAUCUUGCUGUUGCUGUAACUUGGGCCAUUUCAUGCUUCAUUUCUUUGCCAUUCCUUUCCUUCAGCAUUCUAACCAAGCAACCAUUCCAGAACCUAUCAUUGCCAUUUGACCCUUUCAUUGAUCACUUUGUUUGCACUGACAGCUGGCCUUCUGAGAAUCACCGUCUAGCUUACACCACCUGUCUUCUGCUCUUCCAGUACUGUCUACCCCUGCUACUUAUUCUCCUCUGCUACCUCCGUAUCUUUCUGCGACUGCGCAGGAGGAGGGAUGUGGUGGAGAGAGCAGGAGGUGGGGAUUCAGGUGGACGCAGAGGAGGCCACCGCAGAGUAAAUAUCAUGCUUCUUUCUAUUGUAGUAGCCUUUGGCCUUUGUUGGCUUCCCCUCACUGUAUUCAAUGCCCUUUUUGACUGGGACCAUGAGAGCAUUUCAUCAUGCUACCACAACCUUAUAUUCUCCCUCUGCCACCUGGCAGCUAUGGCAUCCACUUGUGUCAACCCUGUCAUGUAUGGUUUCCUCAACAGUAACUUCCAAAAGGAAGUGAAGACCUUGCUGCUCCGCUGCCGCUGUGCAGGAGGUCGAGAUAAGUAUGAAAGUUUCCCUCUCUCUACUGUCAGUACUGAGGUGUCAAAGGCUUCUCUACAAAGUGUAACUAAUGGAAACAAUGUUUAA